AUGUGCCUCGUCAUCAUACGUUUUUUGUACCCGGGGGGGUUGUGGGAUGAGCUGGGGGAGGGGAAGAAACGAGAGUGGGGGAGGUCCCAGCUGGGACUCCCCUCUCGCUGCCCUUUGGAGCAGAGCACAAGCGGCGAGGAUGCCAACAGGAGAGCCAUGUGGCGGUGGCGGUGCCGGGAAGUGGCGCUCCUUCUCCUGCCGCCGCUGCUGCUGCUUGUUGUGUUUUUGCGGCGGACGCCCGGAUCUGCAAAAACCAUCAACAAGGAGCCCGAGGCCGCCGUGGCUUUGUCUGUCAUGAGUAUUGAACCGGAGAGAGGCUCUGCGAGGGAGCGCCUUGAAAGAGCCGCGAGCUUGAUGCCGGUUCCGCAGGAGGUGGAAGGACCGCGCGGAUACGAGGACGAGAAUGAGAUCAACUGGUCCAAGGUUGGACCGAGACCUUUGGAGCUGCAGCCUUGGGCCAAGGAUCAGCCAUCGUUCUCUGGAGAACUCGACCGUAUCAUCCUGUAUGUCAACACAAUACAGUUGAACUGCUCAAGGGUCGUCUGUGCGGGUCAAGUCAAAGUGACUCAUCCUCCCGCCGAGUCUCCAAGUUGGUUGCUGUGUGCAGAGGAGUGGCUGCUUCCACUUGCAGACACCAUGUGUGUUGCCUACUCCUUCAGCAUGGACAGCAGAGACGCUGACUUCUUCAAGACCACGUCGUCUUUCGGCUGCGACGUCCACCGCUUUGAUCCCGCCGAUGCGUCCGGCAGUCGCCGUGGCAACACUCUGGUCGGUCGCCAUGAGGACACAGGCACCUUCAGCCGGCACAGGAUGUGGCUGGAGUGGCAGUCCCCGGCGAGGAAGACGCGGGCCAGGCGCCGGGCCGGCGCGUCGCGAACGCUGGCUGACAUCAUGGCCGAGCUGGGACACGCCACGGUGCACUUUCUAUAUGCCGACCUCCUAAGCGCCGAGUGGCGUGUCUUCCAAAACUGGAUCGAGGCAGGUACGUUGCAACGCGUGCAUCACGUGGUGGCUCGGGUGCACCUGGAAUGGGCCGGAUUCCAGGUCGGCGGUGCUGAGGAGCAAGUGCUGCGCUAUUGGUUCACCGUUCUGCGAGGGCUAGGGGACACCGGGCUCAGGCUGGUACACAGCAGCCGCGGUGAUGGACAACGCGUGUUAAAACGCUACGUGGAGAAUGCGCGGAGCUCCUACACGCUCAGCUGGGUCAACACCAGACGAUGA